AAAGCAGUUGCGUCGUUUGAGAUGACAGGAUUGUUUUUUUUGUAAAUAGGUUUUGUCUACUGUUUUUCUGUGUUCAGUCCAUCAGUGGUAAGCAUUUUUGUGGUAAAUUUUAGACCUUCAUUUUUUGCUAGAACGGCUCUUAGUGUUCACCAAUGUCUGUUACGGGACAAGUAUUGCUUAUUAGCGCACUUAUGCUCGUCGAGUGUUGGGGACUAAGACAGGAUCAGUUCCAGGGAAUCAAAUCCGUUGCGCUCACGACGACGUAUAAAACAAUCACGUCGCCGUCAAGCGUACAGUGUUGCACGACGUGUUUGCGUGAUCCGUUUUGCGCAAGCGUUAACUACCGGAAGUCAUCGAGGGAAUGUCAGUUGUCGUACGUACCAUUUGCAGCGGCGAGUGCACACCAGACACCGGACGCCACAUCGAUUGCAUAUUUUCUGAAGGAUUGGAUACUGUUUUUUCGCGCUACUCCGGGGAUAGGCAUUGACGUCAAAGAUGCUUGGACUACAGGAAAUAGCGUCACAACUGAUGACGUCACUUGUACAGAGUUGACUGUCACGUCAUGCUCGAAACAUUUUCGGCACCCGCUCGUUGAUGGAUGGCAAUACAUGAAUAUCAGUCAGGUGAAGGUGGCGUUUUUCAAGAGCGACACAGAGAAGUACAUCGUGUUUGAUGGCCAAGGAUCAGAUGUCACAAGCUGGUUCGGAAAGGAGCAGAUCAUUGCUUCCUCUUGGAGCACCAUAAAAACCAAGACAUAUCGCUACUUUUCAUUGGAGGGGGAUGAAAAACGUCAGUUUUUUAUCAUCGAUUCUUACUCUGGCUGCCAGAAUGAUCGCAUUUUUCUGGCGGUAAUAUCUGGGAAAGAGUCUAACAAUUGCACGUACGACACGCAGGCCAGCUACCCGCAAUUCCUGUUCGCCACGGAUGAUGACCUUGGGACACCUGAGACCAUGGAAGGAAUCUCCAGAGCCGACGUGUUUGCCAUAUUUCUCAAAUAAUAGUGGCAAAUGCGGUUCACCAACACGUGUGUACGUACGUGAAUCACGGAAGCAAUGAACACUUUAUGUAUAUUACGCGACUUUAUUUCUCAUGACAAUCGGCACACUAGACGCUUGAUAAGUUCCUUAAUAUACAAACAAGUACAUUUUUGUAUAUGAACAUUGUACGCUUGAUAAAUUUCUUAAUAUACAAACAAGAACAUUUUUGUAUAUGAACAUUUGACGCAUGGUAAGUUACUUAACAUACAA